CAUCAGUGCCAAAAACUACAUUUGGAAAAUACAUAUCUUAUAUGUUGUUUAUGCGAGGAAAAAAUUAUGAACGAGAAACUUGGUUGUUUUUUCGAGAAUAAUAAGAGAGAAUCUUCAUAAUGCGAGAAGUAUUCAUAAUGCAGCAGCUUAAAAUUCAUGCAGUAGCUGGCCAAUUGUAGAUCAAUUCAACGCAGAACCUUCCGAUUGGUGGGUCCAGUGGAGAAACUCCGAGCACUGGUCGAAACUGUGGUUGUGGUCUGCUGUGUGGUCAAUCACAACGAUAUCGAACGGGACGCGCGCUCUCAUGGUGUAAAGUGCGCGACCGAUGAGUUAUGCGAUAGGGAGGUUUGAUAUACCAUCCCCCCCUCGUUUCCCUCAACCAACCAGCCAACCACUCGUUUUAUGCGUAUGCGUAUACGUAUAGUGUAGUACACCAGCGCUUCCUCCCUCGAUUGAUGUCUCCGCUUGAUAAGGAUUACCUGGCGUACAGGUUAUGUACGACAGUUGUCAAAGACGAUGUUUUGAAACGUCUUAUCACGCUGUGACGACCCGCUGACCUGUUCCGCGUGUCUCCUCCUACCCCGGUCGGAUCGGAAUCGUUAAUUUUUCACCGUGAUCCCGCGACCCUGCCAGUUUCGCCUUCCAGGCGAUGUCAGGAGGCGCUCCCCCAGUUGAGCGCUGAAUCGUGACUUGCUCGUCGCAAUCCGUGAAACCGUUGAGAAUGGCCGACGAGGUGGUGGAGACACCACGGGGCCUCAAUAACGAGGACGCCGAAUGCAUUGUUGACGCCGAGAUCGACGGCGGCGAUGACGACGACUCCGAUGGGGUCAUAGUUCCGGAACUUCAGGGUACACUAUCCAAAUGGACAAAUUACAUACAUGGCUGGCAAACUAGAUUUAUUGUACUCAAAGAUGGUACUUUGUCUUAUUACAAAUCCGAGCAGGACAGUGGAUAUGGGUGUCGUGGCUCGAUUAGUCUGUACAAAGCUAAUAUCAAGGCACACCAGUUUGACGAAUGUAGAUUCGAUGUGUCUGUAAAUGAUUGUUUAGUUUGGUAUUUGAGGGCAAAUAAUCCAGAGGAGAAACAGCGAUGGGUAGAUGUCUUGAAGUCUUACAAGUCAGAGUCUGGGUAUGGGAGCGAGAAUAGCCUCAAACGACAUGGUAGUGCCAUUUCGCUCGUGUCAAACACACAAUCGACAACGAGCGCCGGUAGUCUUACUAAGCGUGGCAUUAGAGGACUGAAGGAGAAGUUGGCCGAAAUUGAAACCUUCAGAGAUAUUCUAAUAAAGCAGAUUGACACUUUGCAAAAGUAUUUUGACAACUGUGCAGGAAAUGCCAAGAAUACUUCCAAGGAAGAAAAGAAAAUUGAGGCAAUGCAAUUCAAUCCGGCCGAACAAUCGGUGGAUUUCAAGGGUGAAGCAAUAACGUUUAAAGCCACCAGCGAAGGGGUGUUGGCGACUUUACAACAUUGCGUCGAAUUAAUGAUACAGCGAGAGGAUGCAUGGCGCCGUAGAUGGGAGAAGGAAGUAGAGAAGAAACGAAAGUUGCAAGAACUUUAUAAAGCUCUGAAGGAUCAAGUUGCCAUGCAUCAAAAUGGCUCUCCGAGGCCUAGAGUCGUUAUACACGGAGGUCCUGAUUAUGAGGAAGGUCCGCAUAGCGCUCUUUGCGAUGAAGAAUUUUACGAUGCCGUCGAGACUGGUUUGGACAAAAUCGAGGAGGAAAAUCAAUUAAGAGAUCGUUUAAAACAGAAAUCUGUUUCAAUUUUGACAUCUCCCACUACAACCGCAUCUACACACAGGCUAUGGCCAGAGAUAGAGAAAAUUACAAUGGAACAGUUGCAUUACGCUCGGCUUGGCGUAGGCGGAGCGGGUGGUUGGCAAUUAUUCGCCGAAGAUGGUGAUAUGCGAAUGUACCGACGGGAAGAGGAGGCUGAUGGAUUAGUCGUAGAUCCUCUGAAAGCGUGUCACGUCGUCAAGGGAGUGACUGGUCACGAGGUCUGUGAAAUAUUCUUCAGCCCCGAAUACAGAAGCGGUUGGGAAGCCACAUUGGAGGACAUGGCAAUCGUUGAGAAUAUCUCCAAAGACACAUUAUUAUUUCUGCAAACGCACAAACGUAUCUGGCCAGCGAGCCAACGGGACGCAUUGUUCUGGUCACACAUACGUCGCGUGUCUGAUGAUCAGGAUCGUGACGCUCACGAUCUAUGGAUAGUCUGUAAUCACAGUACUGAACAUCCCGAUCAUCUGCCAAACACGGGUAAAUGCGUGAGGGUUUAUCUGACGGUUUGUCUCGUAUGUCAAACAUUCAUCGAUCCACCAAAGGACGAAGAAGAAAUAAAAAGGGAGAACAUUACGUGUAAAAUAACGUACUGUUCAGUUGUAAAUCCAGGUGGGUGGGCACCGGCAUCCGUUUUACGGGCCGUUUACAAGAGAGAGUAUCCCAAGUUCCUUAAGCGUUUCACGAACUUUUGUAUCGAUCAAUGUAAAAAUAAGCCGAUCAAAUUCUGAGUGUGAACCGAAUGAAAAAAGAAAAAAAAACUUCAAUGUUUUCCAUCCAAUUCCUUAUUCACUAUCUCGAAGUGUCUUCACGUGAUUAUUGUAAAAACAAGUUUGUAUUGUUACAUACUGUAGGAAUUGUAGAACGGCCAUUACGACGUAAGUGAAACUGUUUUGUAUAUUACCUUUUCUUUUUUUAUUUGCUUAAAAUAAUCGACUUAUAUAGCUUGCGAAUGAGAGAGGGGGAGAGGAAUCGUUAUAUUAAAAAGAAAGCCAUUUAUGAUAUAUAAAUAAGUGUAUAGCAAUUGUAUACACUUGGAAAAGCAACUUUGAUGAAGCACGCGUGGCUGCAGCACCGUUUUACACUACUAUCUUUUUUCUCUUCGAAUAACAACCUGUUAUUUGUUAUACAAAAUAUGCUGUCGCAGAAUCCAAUUGUACAAAUCUUUAACGAAAAUUGGAUACAUAUACAUUUAUCUCUUGUUAUACAUUACAAUCUAAUUAAACGCUGAAUUGUAUGAUACCAGAUUAUACUGUUAUUUUUAUUCGUACAUAAAAAUGUGUACAUUGCUAUGCGAUAUAAAGGUCACAUGGAAAAA